AAUUUUAGUAUAUGUGCUGCCGAAGCGAGCACCUGAUUCAGGUUUAACACUAAAAGUCCCACAUCCCAGGAGCUCCUUUAGUUCCAAAUGGCCUGCAUCGUUGAUCACACUCUGUGUAGACUGUCAUCCUAGAGCCUAACUCUCACAGGGUCUUUCCUGCUGCAAAGUCAGGGCUGCUCCCCUGUCCACCCCGCUGGUGGGCAAUUGCCCCAUUGUUCGUUCCCAUCAGAGCCAUCCUCCUGUCUCUCUGACUUGGCCAUUAGCAUCCACCCCUAGUUCUAGGACAAACUUCCAUCUUUGGAGGGCUUCCUGUUUUAUGGAUCAAGCACCAGGACCUGGAUGGGGAAAGGCACCCUGGGGUCACACAGGUCUCUGACUCCUGGCUUGCGCUGUUCCCUUGACCUCUGCGUCUUGAGGAAAUCGUCAUUGACUUCACACCUGUGGGGCCAGGUGAUGGGCUCUGGUUUGGGAUGACCUGGGGUUUGAGGUGGACAUCUGGGGCGGAGCCUAGCAGAGGGACUGUCCCACCUCCAAUGGGCUUGUGAAGCCGGGCCCGAAGAGAUGUAUUAAUAUCUGAGAUGCUUAUGAUCAGGGCAUGGCCUUCCUCCCCUGGGUAAGGCAUUCAGAGUUUCUCAGCCCCUGCGCAUGAGGGCUGGCUGUUCCCACACCUGCUGGGGAGGAGCAAGAAUCUCUGAGUGUCUCCCUUCUUCUUUGGGGGCUUCAGGUUCCCUGCCUGUACAGACUGAGUGUGUUUGGGUCCCCUUCUGGCUGUAGCUUCCUAAAGCCAUCAAGGUUCUGUCAUGUGAACACCCACGGGGGCUCUGAUUUUCAGUUUAAGACAACAAGCCAGGAUGUGUGGUCCUCUGUGAGCAAGUGUCCCGAGCCCCACCUUGUAUUAACACAAAGGCCCUGGCCAGGCCCUGGAAGGCAGCCCUCCCUGUCCCUUGCCUUCCUUGAGAGUCUGUGCAUUCUCAGGCCUCCCAACCUGGGCUGAUGCUCUACACUCUCCUUGGGAUGUUGCCUUCUCCCUCGGCUACUUGUCAUCUCAGUGGUCACUUCUCCUUGGAAGAGCCUCGUGUCAACUCCCUCCCCUGCGCAGGGUAGGUUUGGGGCCCCUCCCUGGCUUACCCGGGGGUGACAUGACCACACCACUCUGUCCUAAUGAUCUGUUUACUUGUUUACUUGCUGGCUUCCUCAUCAGAUGAACAGCCACAAGAAGGCCAGAGCCCAGAGUUACUUGCCUUAGGGUCUCAGAGCAAAGAUGAUGGGGUGUCAGAGUUGGCUAAAGAACCAAAACAGGAAAGAGAAAUAAAACAGGCAGAACCUGCCCUUAUGGAUUUUGCAGUCUGUCUCCCCAGAGAGGUUCUUGAUUGCAGCUAAAAGGACCACUUGGGCACCUUUGAGAGAUUCUUGGAUCUCCAAAGAAUGGUUGCAUUUGAUUUGCAAAGCUCAAGAAGAUCUGUGAUUUGAAUCUCCCCCACCCCCAAUUCUUUUCUUGGCCAAGAAUCGAGACCCAUCCCCCUUUGCAUCUGGUCAAUCCCUCCCUUCCAGGGCGGGGUGCCUUCUCACCCCCACCCUCCAUCCCCGUGGAGUAAUACCGUGGCCUUUCUCAACUGGAGCCUCCUCCCAACAACCUCCGCCACAAGUUCCCACGUGGUUCUAGGUGUUUUCAUGGUUACAGGAACCCGAGAGUGACCUCAGACUCCGCGGGGCCCUGUCUCCCACUCCCCACCAGGCUUGAUCAGCGUCCCUGAAGCUGUCACAAACAAGGGGGUGUGGGCUGUCACGUGGCUUUGAGUAACCACACUCUCGCUUCCUUCUUUUACACACGGCCGUUGGGGGUUGGCGCGAUCCGAGACCACGGCAGGGGUGCCACAGCCGGGCCUGGCAGCACAGGCUGGGUCCUCGUCGCUGAAGCAGAGGAACCACUUCUCCUGGGCCCACGAGGCGGCUGUCCCAUGGUCUGCUGAGCACGGUGAAUUCUUAACCAUGGACCACCAGAGAGGUCUGAGGAAACUAUUAAUACAUUUCUGUGCACUGGGUCAAGGGAGUUGAAGAGCGCCCCCAGAUGGAUUCAUUGGUGCUGGUGCCAUGUCUCUGCAACUCCUGCUGUUGGUGGUCCUGCUGGGCCCUGGCAGCAGCCUCCAGCUGCGGGAGACCAGCAAGAACGAAUCUGUGAAGGCCCCAGACCCCCCAUACCCAGGUGGUGACUGGAGAGACCUGGAAGACUAUGAUCCAGAAUAUGACUAUACAGCAGAAACAGACCCUCCAGAGAUGCUUGACAGUGGCACCGAGGCCCCCAAGUUUCUGCCUAUGGUAGCAACGCUGGGGCAGAGAGAGCCUGCAGGGCCUACGACACCUGAGUCAUUCAUUCUGGAGGUGUCCACAAGGGACUCUGCUGUCCUGAGUGCCACAGGGGCAACCACCAAGAACCUGAGCACAGAACUGGUCACACUGGUCCCUCUGACCAGAGAACUGGUCACUGAAAUCCCUCCCAAAAUGAAGGAUCUAUCCACAGAGUUGGCUGCAGUCACAGAGGCCCUGUCCACGGACCCCACGGCCACAGAGGCCCUGUCCACGGACCCUGUGGCCACAGAGGCAUUGUCCACAGAACCCACAGCCACAGAGGCCCUGUCCACGGGUCCCGCGGCCACAGAGGCCCUGUCCACGGACCCUGCGGCCACAGAGGCCCUGUCCACGGACCCUGCGGCCACAGAGGCCAUGUCCAUGGGCCCUGUGGCCACAGAGGCCCUGUCCAUGGAUCCCAUAGCCACAGAGGCCCUGUCCACAGACCCUGCGGCCACAGAGGCCCUGUCCACGGGUCCUGUGCCCACAGAGGUCCUGUCCACGGAACCUACAGUCACAGAGGCCCUGUCCAUGGAAUCCAAAGUCAUAGAGACUCUGUCCACAGAACCGGCCACCACAGCAGCCCCUUUCAGGGAGCCCACUACCAUGCUGGCCCUGCCCACAGAUCCAACCACUGUGCAGGCCCUGCCCACGAGACCUGCUACCACGAGGGGCCUAACCACAGCCCUUCCUGUGGCCUCUGAUACUCCCAAGGGCACCACUGUGGCAGCUGGCAACUGGUUUGAGGCCUUCACUGGGAACAAAGGUCAGAGCCUUUUCCCCUGGAGCUCUGUGGCCCCGGCCUCCCCAGAGAGCCUGCCAGACCCGGGCCCCGUGAAGCAGUGUCUGCUGGCCAUCCUCAUCCUGGCCCUGCUGGCCACCAUCUUCCUCGUGUGCACCGUGGUGCUGGCCAUCCGCCUCUCCCGCAAGAGCCACCUGUACCCCGUACGCGAUUACUCCCCCAGUGAGAUGGUCUGCAUCUCGUCUCUGCUGCCCGAGGGGGGCGAGGGGCCUGCUCCCACGCCCAAUGGGGACCUGCCCAAGGCCAAGGACCAGGGCCGGAAGGUGGGGCCGGGGGGCAACCGCGAAGGGGAUGACCUCACCCUGCGCAGCUUCCUCCCUUAGCUCCUGGCUGCUGAGCCACGGCCCAUGCCCCAUGCCGAGGCUCUAAGCUGCGGGUGGGGCUUCCUCAGAUACCCCUGGAGACUGGAAUCUUCUGGGCGGGGACCUGGGCCGCCAUCCACAGGACUGAGAGCAGCCGGGGUCCAGGCACCGAAGCAGGCCUGGCAAGCAGAACCUCCAGGAGAGGCUGCAGACGGCCCCUCCAGCUCCCUGCCCAGCCCCCGUGUGUCCCGGGCUCCCUCUAACGCCUCCCUUCCCCAGGAGGACUCAGAGUCAGUUCCCUGCCGCCAUGCCCGCUAACGUUCCCUUCUGGUUGCUAUGGUCCCUGCACAGGAAGGGGGCACUAUGAACUGGAUUCCUUAGUUCAUUUCCUGUCAUUCCCCGCCCCCCUCAUUUGGGGGUGUCUCUCAGGAAACCCACAGUGAGUUGUGGGGGCUGGGCAUGUUCCUUAGGGGACUCUGUGGACCGCCAAGCUAUCAUCUAGUGACAGACUAACCCCAUCCUGCCCUCCCUCGCCUCCCCCCGGGGCCUUGAUUGAGGUGCUCACAGAGGUCUCCCAGGGCCCAGCUCAGGGUCCAGGAUGGCGCAGAUGCUCAGUAAAUGUUUGGUGAACAAGU